AUGUCAGGCAUUGAUCCUCGGAGAUAUGAGAAUCUACCCAAAAACAACAGCAACAAAGUCGAAUCUGUCAUUGAACCUUCCAAUAUAACAAAAUUCCCAACUGCUUCUAGCUCUUUUGGUGCCAACAAUGAAAAUGUAUCUGAUUCUUUUAUUAAUCGUCCAGCGACAGCGCUUUUAAAGGUUAUCGAUAAAUUCUCAGCGUUCUCUGGCUUGAGUAACAGUAACAACAGUGGGAGUACUUGGAAUAAAGUGAAUCAGUCAAUCGGUAAUAAUAAUAAGGAUAUUAAGGCUGGUAGCAUUAUGGCUCAUCAGUUACAAGCAAAAGUUGAUAAGCUCGUGCGCGUAGAAAAUAAGCGCAUCGCUUUACAAUCAGAUAUUGCAAAUGACUUGAUCAGUUGGGCAGUAGAAAUCCCCAAUGCUGAUUGUGAGACAAUGGUGAAAGAGUUUAGCUACCUAUUUGGCACACAAUGCGAAUCAAGUGUCCCACUUAUCGACAAGUUAGAGAAAUUGAAAUUGAGUUUCAAAUUCGUUAAUCAGCGAGAGAAGAAGUUGCGAGAUCUCGUGAACGCAAAAGCGAAGAUUAUUAAAGCUCUUCGAGAGAACGAGAUAAAGUAUGGCCCAAAUGCUUCUUCAACAACUCUACUUAAUGAAAAAUUGGAGGAAAUAGUUUGGAAUUUGGAUGUGUUAGAACAGCAAUACAUAAGGGCAAUUUCAAAAGAUUUGAAAGAAUCUUUAGUGGAUUUUGCGGUCGCUUUGCAAUCAACUUCAACAAAAUUGAACGAUGCAACAUCAGAGUAUUAUAAUUGCUUAUUCAGCUUAGAAGCAAAUGCAGAAUAUCAGAGAGUGUCACCCAAAAAAUAUUACAAUCAAUCUGGGAAUGGGUUGAAAGUGGCUUCAGCAAGUUUAUUUAAUGGUAUGAACAAGAGUGCCGUUGAUUCAGAAAAUUCCAGUGCUUUUAAAAAGGAGCACGAACCAAACGGCGGCUCCAGCCCCAUUAAGUUAUCCUCAAAUCGAGGACCUUUCGAAGGGAAAGAUAUUUCAUCUCUCUGUGCUGAGUGUGUUAAAAGUAAUCGCAAAAGUAGAUUAAUUACGCCGUGCACCCAUUCGAAUGCUCAAAAUUCGGACAGUGAUAGCCUCAAGCACACGAACAUUGAUGCCUCACCCGUGAAAAUUGGCCAAACUGACCCGAGUGUUCUUGGAUUUCGUUUCAGAGAACCCAGCUUUCAACAAAGUGAGCAAUGGAACUAG